AUGGUCUCCUAUGAGCUUUACGAUGAUGGCGCGUGGGACCGUGGCGAGGCUAUAUUCCAGGCUUUGCGGGAUACGCUGUACGAUGAAGAUCUUUACCACGAGAUUGCCACGUUUGUCACUAAACAUCGAAAAGGUGGUAGCCCCGUCAAGUGUUUCCCUCCCAAGAUUGGAGGGUUCAAUUUCCAUUAUCGCAUCCUGUACUGCGAUGGGAGCUCCGCAAUCAUUCGCUUCCCCAUGCCGGGGUACUUCCGGAUGGCUGAGGAGAAGCUCCUCGGCGAGGUGGCUGCCAUGCGUUACAUAGCCGAUAAUACGACCAUACCUGUGCCCUCCAUCCUCCACUACGGCAUGGCAGACGAGAGCCCCAGAAGGCUUGGUCCUUUUCUAAUCAUGGAGUACAUUGAAAAUUCCGGCGACAUGGCUGAUGUGCUGAGGGCGCCCGGGCACCCCCAUGAAGACAAGCCAGUCCUCGAUCCAGCCAUGGACGAAGCGAAACUCGACCAUGUGUACGGCCAAAUUGCUGACAUCAUGCUCCAACUGGCCAAUUGCGACUUCUCCCGCAUCGGAUGCCUUGGAAUGAGCAACUCGAAUGGCCAUGAUGGCGACCCAGAAAUCACCUCUCGGCCUCUGUCCCUCAACAUGACCCAGCUGGGGGAGGUAGGAGGCGUCCCUCACUUCGAACUACCCCCUACCUCCAAGACAUUUUCCACCUCGUCCCAAUACUACUCUUCUCUGGCCGAUAUGCAUCUGCAGCAACUCUCGUUCCAGCGAAACCAGGUCGUCCUGUCAGACGAUGAGUGUCGCAAGAAAUACAUCGCCAGGCAACUCUUCCGCAAAGUGGCCGCCAACCAUGGCGUUGCCUCGCCGGACACAGACCCGGGCCCUUUCAAGCUGUGGUGCGACGACUUUCGCCCUGGCAACAUUCUCAUUGACGACGAGUACCGCAUCGUCGGUGUCAUAGACUGGGAGUUUACCUAUGCCGCCCCCGUUGAAUUCGCCUACUCCCCGCCAUGGUGGCUUCUUCUCGUCAUGCCCGAGGAGUGGACCGAGGGGCUGGACGACUGGGCUGCCAAGUACGAACCCCGGCUGAACAGCUUCCUGCGAGUCAUGGAAGCAAAGGAGCGUGAGUUGAUGGAGCAGGGCCGCCUCCGUCAGCCCCAGGUGCUGUCCACGCAUAUGCGCCGCAGUUGGGAGACGGGGGACUUUUGGCUCGUGUACGCGGCGCGCAAGUCCUGGGCAUUUGAUGGCAUCUUUUGGAGGACGCUGGAUAGGCGCUUCUUUGGGGACAAUCCCGCCGGCUUCAUGGAAAGGCUCAAGCUGCUGCCGCCAGAACAGGUCGCCGCCAUGGAAGCUUUCGUGGAGAGGAAGAUGCAAGAGAAGGAAGAGAGCACAUUAAUCGACUGGUAUGCCAAGGACUCGGCGUCCAAGUUGCCGCCGAAUAUUCUGUCUCUAGAUCCAGUAGAACCAUGCGAAGCACGCCCUAGCUGUGCACCAAUUACGGACGGACCUGACGUAGAAGUCGUACCAUGA